CCUAGACAGACACAGACAGCACAAAUGCAUUUGAGGGUUUAAUUCAAGAGAAAAGAGAAGAGACCGACGGACGGACGGCCAGAUAGCAGCUGUACUUGCAUUUUGAAAGGGUUAUACGAAGAUGCCAAAAUCCAAGAGAGAUAGAGCAGUUACGUUGUCAAAGACAAAGAAGAAAGGGAGGGAGCAUAAAGAAAGCAUAGUGAAUUCAAUAAGGGAUGCCGUGGAGAACUACAAUUCCAUAUAUGUUUUCAGCUUUGAAAACAUGAGGAAUCUCAAGUUCAAGCAGUUCAGGGAGCAGCUCAAAUCCACCAGCAGAUUUUUUCUUGGGUCAAACAAAGUCAUGCAGGUUGCUAUUGGCCGCUCUGUUUCUGAUGAGAUAAGACCAGGGCUUCACAAGGUUUCUAAGCUUCUUCGAGGGGAUUCUGGGCUUUGUUUAACCAAUAUGCCUGUAGAAGAGGCCCAAAGAAUAUUUACAGAAUAUGAAGACUAUGACUUUGCUAGGACUGGAAGUAUUGCGACAGAAACGGUGGAACUUAAAGAAGGUCCUCUAGACCAGUUCACACAUGAAAUGGAGCCCUUCCUGCGGAAGCAAGGGAUGCCUGUGCGGUUAAAUAAAGGUGUGGUGUCACUUGUUGGAGAUUUUGUUGUAUGUGAGGAAGGGAAACCCAUAUCACCCGAGUCAUCUCGCAUACUGCGUCUAAUGGGCAUCAAGAUGGCGACAUUUAAGCUUCACCUGAUAUGCAGAUGGAGCCCGGAAGAUUUCCAAGUUUAUCAAGAAGGUUUGGUGCUAGGAUCAGACGACGAAUCCUCCUAAUUAAUUGCAUAUGAAACAACAGUUUUGGUGAGAGAUGUUGCAUUAAGGUGCACUUCAUUUUUGUAAAAUUGAGUAAGCAGGAGAGAGUGUUUUUUCUUCAAGAGAAAUUGUAAUGGAUUUGUGUAAAACCUACUGGAAAUCUUCUGUCAUUCUGCUUCAUUGGUUUGCUGCAUCUUAACCUUUGUGUAAUGAGAAUUUAAAAUUUAUAUUUGAACAAUAUAAGUUUACGUUUUUGUGUUGUU